AAAAAAACCACAAACAAAUUUCUUUCACCGCUUCUCUCUCUCUCUCUCUUCGUUUCUCCACGAGCUUCAAUCGCCAGAGGGUUUCGGACCUAAAUUUUCUCCCAAUUUUUCUAUUUUUUCUUUGAUUUCAUCCUCCAUUUUUGGCUCUUCCCGUAUCAUUUCUCCUUGUUUUUGAUCCCUCCGAAAUGGGUGACUCUCAUACGCCGUCGUUUGUCUCGUCGCCGCUUGCAGAUCGACAAUCACCCAUGCCGCCGGCCUCUUCUACUACUGACUCCACUGGCUUCAACUCUGAAUCUCACUCUUCUUCCAUUACUGUUGAUGGGUCCAAGCGUUUUUUGGAUUCUCAUCAUUGUUUGCAACUGGAUGCGGAGCAAACACAUUGGACAGACGAGAAACAUAGAUCAUAUCUUGAUUCUUUAGAAGCAUCUUUUGUCCAAGGUUUGCAUCAACAUAGGCGUAUGCAUGCUUUAUCCUCAAAACAGAAGAUGCGUCGAAAGCCGAUCAUGCUUGAUACAUCUUCUUCAGAGUUGAUGGUCCUUCAAGAUGCCUCUUGGCAGAAGGCUAACAUUGGGAGGAAUGAUCCUUUAUUGGAUAAGACUGCUGAUUCUCCUGCUAUUUUAGAGGAUCUAUGGAUAAAUCAUUUUCCUUCUGCAGGAAAACAGUGUAGUUUGGAAACUCCUGAUCUCCUUGAAGAAUGUGGAAGUUGUAGUGAUAGGAGACACAUAAGACACAUGACGAACUCCUGUGGAUCUGCCAGAAAUUCACAGCAGACCCGUCCAUGCUGUUUUAAUUCUUAUACAAUCAUUACAGAAGUUUCGGAUCAAAACUUUGUGGAUAAUCAACCAGGAGAGUUGUCUGGUGGCAUGCCUAUUGCAAAAAGAUUAAAGAAAGCUUCUUCUGGUUUUUUGGACAAUGCCCAGGUUGUACCAUUUAAAAGAUUAUCCUAAAAAAGAUCAAAAGCCAGAUGGCAUAUUGUCUUCGGAGCAUCCUCAAAACUUUGUGCCUCCAAAUUCAGAUUUGUGUUCCUGUGUGAGAGGGAGCUGACAACAAUUCAUUCCAACAUGUGAAAAUACCUGGCUGUUCAAGCUCGUUAACCAAAUGCGAUACGGUUUUGUUUUCUUUUCAGAAGAGCAUUGUAAAGAAAGUAAGGAAAGUGACAACAAUAAUUUUACCAGAAGAUCUGCGGCAGUAAGGAAAAAAUAUGUUUGUAUAUGGUACAAACUAAACUUUUACCUAGUUCAAAAUAUUGAGUGAAAUACAUGUUAACCCUUUCUUUUCUCCUGUUUCCCUUUUUCUUAGAGUUUAAAAGGAUGGAAAUUCUACAACUAGAUGUAGGGAAAGAAUAUACAUGCUAUAGAGAAGCUGCACACCCUGAUAGUGAGAUAGAUACACAACCUUUUUAAAUUUGUUUGAAAUACUCUCAUUAUUAAGUUUUGUUAGAAACCUCAAGUGUAAAUCAUUACAUAAAUCAGAACGUGUCAUUCUUUUGUGACACUGAAAGAGAGUUGAGCAAACUUAUUGAUUUU